GAGGCGAGAUGGCGGCCACUGAGGGGGUCGGAGAGGCUGCGCAGGGCAGCGAGUCCGGUCAGCCGGAGCCGCCACCGCCCCAGCCGCACCCUCCGCCGCCUCAGCAGCAGCAGGAAGUAGCUAUGGCGGCUGAGCCCGGAGAAGCGGUGGCGUCCCCUAUGGACGACGGGUUCCUGAGCCUGGACUCGCCCACCUAUGUCCUGUACAGGGACAGAGCAGAAUGGGCUGAUAUAGAUCCAGUGCCGCAGAAUGAUGGCCCCAAUCCAGUGGUCCAGAUCAUUUAUAGUGAAAAAUUUAGAGAUGUUUAUGAUUAUUUCCGGGCUGUCCUGCAGCGUGAUGAAAGAAGUGAACGAGCUUUUAAACUAACCAGGGAUGCUAUUGAGUUAAAUGCAGCCAAUUAUACAGUGUGGCAUUUUCGGAGAGUUCUCUUAAAGUCACUUCAAAAGGAUCUACAUGAGGAAAUGAACUACAUCACUGCAAUAAUUGAGGAACAGCCCAAAAACUAUCAAGUUUGGCAUCAUAGGCGAGUAUUAGUGGAAUGGCUGAAAGAUCCAUCUCAGGAGCUUGAAUUUAUUGCUGAUAUUCUUAAUCAGGAUGCAAAGAAUUAUCAUGCCUGGCAACAUCGACAGUGGGUUAUUCAGGAAUUUAAACUUUGGGAAAAUGAGCUGCAGUAUGUAGACCAACUUCUUAAAGAGGAUGUGAGAAAUAACUCUGUCUGGAACCAAAGAUACUUCGUAAUUUCUAACACCACUGGCUACAAUGAUCGUGCUAUAUUGGAGAGAGAAGUCCAGUACACUCUAGAAAUGAUCAAAUUAGUACCACAUAAUGAAAGUGCAUGGAACUAUUUGAAAGGGAUUUUACAGGAUCGUGGUCUUUCCAAAUAUCCAAAUCUGUUAAAUCAGUUACUUGAUUUACAACCAAGUCACAGUUCCCCCUACCUAAUUGCCUUUCUCGUGGAUAUCUAUGAAGACAUGCUAGAAAACCAAUGUGACAACAAGGAGGACAUUCUUAAUAAAGCAUUAGAGUUGUGUGAAAUUCUAGCUAAAGAAAAGGACACUAUAAGAAAAGAAUAUUGGAGAUAUAUUGGAAGAUCCCUUCAAAGCAAACACACAGCAGAAAAACAAAAAGCAACGAAGUUUGUCUCUGCCCUCUUGGAGCUGCAGCUCCACGGAAUGGAAAGGAUGACUCUGCUUCAGAGUUUUGGCUCCUACAGUUUUCUGCUGCCCACCAUUUUUGAUUCUGCCACUGCUCCUGACACAGGAUUGACUGGAGGCUGGGGUGCAAGGGAAUGA